AUGUCCGGCUCAAGUAAGCCAUUGCUUUCAAGCCCUGCGCCUUAUCAGCUCCACACCCUCGUUCUAGAUUACUUGUGUCAUUGCUGCUACACCCGCACCGCGGCAGCGUUAAGGAGGGACAAUCCCAUUCGACAGCUUGACGCCGAUGGAGACGAAAUCCUCGUAGAUGCCGAUUCGGAAGAAAGUGGCAAUGCCCUCCCUGAGAGCUUUGAGACUCUGCUCAGACAGAUCAAGCUCCGUCAAGAAAUAAGGGAGCGAAUUCUCUCUGGUCGAGUAGACGAUGCGAUUGCUUUGUUGAACACGCACUUCCCCUCAGUUCUAGCGGAGAACAUCAUUCCCUCCCCUCAGCAGAAGGAACACUCAAGUUCCUCGGGCAGCGAUAGUGUGGAAUAUGUAUCAUCUACCUCGACGGAGCCUGCACAUCUCUUGCUGAACUUACGCAUUCUCGCCUUCAGUGAAGCCUGCAGAACGGUACCACUCGAUUACCCCCCCAAGUUGGGCACAGUGGACCCUUCCAGUGACCCUGCAUCUCCGGUAAUGAUACCUAAGCUCGAGGAGUCGCCUGGGCAGGAGGCUUUGAUCACUCGAGCGCGGAAGUUAUAUGCUUUCUGCAAUACACUGUCCAACCCGCAGGAACGCGCUACCUAUGUGAAGGAAGUCGAGAAUGUGAGUGGAUUGUUGGCAUACGAAUUCCCAGAGAAGAGUGCCGUAGCGAAGUAUCUAUCGAUGGAACGACGGGAGGCUGUUGCUGAUCAGAUCGACCGCGCUAUCUUGAGAAGCACAGGGCAACCUUUGGUAUCCUCUCUGGAGCUGAUAACUCGGCACACGCAUCUAUUAUGGCACUAUGCACACCAACAUGGAGUGAAAGCGAGGCCUGGUGCUGUUCUGCCGCCCAAGAGCGGCAAGAGUGCUGCGGGAGAAGGUGAAACGGAGAUUGUACCUCCCUUUGACUUGGAGAAAUUGCUGGAUAUCAAGCCAUAG